CCCCGUCCAUCCGCGUGGCGCCCACCCGGUAUCCACGUUUCCUUGUGCUUCGCUCGUUUCCUCGUCUUCACGUGAAUCCGCUGCUACUACUUCAUGCUGCCCGAAUACGAUUAGCAUCUCUCCAGCAUCAGCUUCUGCGGUGAUCGCCGGAGUAGGGUCCAACGCAAGCGCAGCCCUCCUCCUUCCGCUGGUUCUCGAUCGAGAUGGACGCGGUUCUGCAAGCUGGAGAUGCCAAGUAUUGGGUUUACAAAGGGGAGGGCGCUGCGAAUCUCAUCCUCAGCUACACUGGCCCAUCUCCUUCAUUGCUUGGUAAGGUACUGCGUGUCAAGAAGAUUCUGAAAGACAAGUCGCAACCGGUACCAAGUUGUAUGGUCUUCUCAAGUUAUGAGCAACUCCUGUGGGGCCAUAUCCCAGAAUUGGUUGAGUCUGUUAAACAAGAUUGCUUGGCUCAAGCCUAUGCAGUGCACGUUAUGAGCCAACAUCUGGGUGCCAAUCAUGUCGAUGGUGGGAUUCGUGUACGUGUCUCUAGGGAUUUUCUGGAGCUUGUUGAAAAGAAUGUGCUUAACAGCCGUCCUACUUGGAGAGUGAAUGCAAGUUCAAUCGAUAACACUGCUGAUGCUGCUCUUCUAAUCGCGGACCACUCUUUAUUUUCUGGUAAUCCUAGAGGUAGCUGUUGCAUAGCUGUAGAGAUAAAGGCCAAAUGUGGGUUUCUGCCGUCAUCAGAAUAUAUAUCAAAAGAAAGUUCUAUCAAGAAACAAGUAACACGAUAUAAGAUGCAUCAACGUUUCAAAUUUCAUCAGGGGGAGAUAAUGAAGACUAGUGAAUACAAUCCUCUUGAUCUAUUUUCUGGGUCAAAAGAAAGAAUACGCAUGGCCAUCAAAUCAUUUUUCUCAACUCCUCAGAACAACUUCAGGAUUUUUGUGAAUGGUUCUUUAGUUUUUGGUGGCAUGGGAGGUGGUGCAGAUAGUGUUCAUCCUGAUGAAACAGAUAAGUGUCUUGAAGAUCUCAGCAAGUUUAGUGGCCUAGAGCUAUCUGACUUUAUUGAGCUCCUGUCAGAGGCAGUUUUUAAAUCUGGAGUAUUAGGUCAACUGUUGGCCACUCAAAAGCUGGAUGAUCAUGACAUUGAAGGGGCAAUUCAUUUGUAUUACAACAUAAUAUCUCAGCCUUGUCUGGUCUGCAAAAAUAUAACUGAUGCAGAGCUAUUGCGGAAGUACACUCUCUUGCAUUCUCUUUCGUUGGACAAGAGCCUGAAGAUUGUCAGGGACUUUCUUAUUUCUGCCACUGCAAAGGACUGUAGCCUAAUGAUCAGCUUUCGGCCAAAAGAGAGUGGAACAACAGAUUCUGAGUAUGAUUCAGUAUUUCUUGAAUCAAUGAAGCAAACCUAUGAUUACAAGGCAUAUUUUGUUGAUCUGGACUUGAAACCUCUGGAUAAGAUGAAACAUUAUUUUAAACUAGAUCAGAAGAUAGUCAAUUUCUAUACAAGUGGGGCGGUUAGGCAAUGUCCAAAGGGAAGUGGCAGUAGCGACGAGCCGAUGAUACUCUGAUUCAGCCCCAACAGUGAGGAGCUUCUUGCUAUGUCUGUACAAGGGCACAGGGAGUGUUGGUUGUUGUUUGUUGCCGCUGCUGUUGUAACUUGAUGAGUACAGUCCCAAGGUUGGGAGGCUCGAUCCCAACCUUGGAAAGGGACAAAGGGUACAAGGAGUUACUGUUGUUGGUGGUGGUCGUUGCUGUUGUUGUAACUCUACUAGUGCAUACACCGUGGCUUGUCACAGAAAUUAGCCAGGACGUUCAAUGCUCGUUGAGAUAUACUAACUGAACUGUUUACUGUGGCAACCACAUAUUGUAACAUCCCCGGUAGAAAUGAGAGCUGAAGUUAGCCUCGCAGGCUGUCAUCUUUCCAGUGUUAUGCCUAUUAUGCCCAUGGCAUGUGCUUUGUUAUGCUACUGCAGCAAUGUUUAAUGAAACUUUCAUCCUCU